AUGCCAACUCCUGGAGGUUCCGACACGACGCCCUCUGAGCGCUCGUCGCAGCCACCCUCAAUCAGGUCGCUUGAGGCCCCUUCAAAGUCCCCAAAGCUGCCCGGCCAGAAUGGGCAAGCAACUGGGCCCGGCGACCAGGCAACGAGACCUGUCGACAAGGCCUCCAUGAAGGACCGUUUGACACGCAUGUUUUCGAACCGCGACGCAUCCUCGCGUUCCGUGUCUACCGAGGCCAUCCCGACCACUCAGGCUAAGAAACCCCAAGAUGCAAACGCACCUUCGCCACCGCCCUCCAAGAUGGCGAAUGGAAAGGAACAGCACCUUCAGCGCUUCAUGAUAGUCCCCGAAGCCCAGGGCGGCCACGAACACCACUUGAAAUCGAGUCGCCGGCAAGAGAAACUGUCCGAUAUGAUCAAGGGGUUCCUUGGCAGGAAACCGGAGCAGGCACCCGAAAACGACCUCUCGUUGGUAUCCAACUGGGUUGACAACCUGAGAAAAGAAAAGGACGGUCUGACGUCGGACAAGAAGGUCAUGCCAAACCAGUCGGCAACCCUAGUGGAAAAGUACGGCAAAUGCCAGGAGGUUGUGGGCCGGGGCGCCUUCGGCAUUGUGAGGAUCUCUCACAAAAAGCUGGAGAAUGGCUUGGGCGAGAAGCUAUAUGCCGUCAAGGAGUUUCGCCGCCGCCCCGAGGAGACGGAGAAGAAGUACAGCAAGCGGCUGACGGCCGAAUUCUGCAUCUCCUCGUCCUUGCGACACCCCAACGUCAUCCACACCCUGGACCUGCUUAAGGACUCCAAGGGCGAUUACUGCGAGGUGAUGGAGUUUUGCGCCGGUGGCGAUUUGUACACCCUUGUGCUCUCGGCCGGCAAACUCGAAGUGCAAGAGGCCGACUGCUUCUUCAAGCAGAUGAUGCGCGGUGUCGAGUACAUGCACGAGAUGGGCGUUGCCCACCGCGAUUUGAAACCCGAGAAUCUGCUGCUGACGACGCACGGUGGGCUCAAAAUCACCGAUUUUGGCAAUGGAGAGUGCUUCCGCAUGGCUUGGGAGAACGACGCACACAUGGUGUCGGGCCUGUGCGGGUCAGCCCCUUACAUCGCGCCUGAGGAGUACACGGCCAAGGAGUUUGAUGCCCGCGCCGUUGACGUCUGGGCCUGCGGUGUCAUCUAUAUGGCCAUGAGAACGGGCCGCCACUUGUGGCGUGUCGCGCGCAAAGAAGAGGACGAGUUCUAUACUCGUUAUCUCGAAGGUAGGAGAGACGAGGAAGGCUAUGCCCCUAUUGAGGCAUUGCACAGGGCCCGCUGCAGAAACGUAAUUUAUUCCAUACUGGAUCCCAACCCGUCGAGGAGGAUCACCGCGUCACAGGUGCUCAAGUCCGAAUGGGGCCGGGAGAUAAAACUGUGCAAAGCCGGCGAAGAGGGACUCUAA